UUUUAGUAAGUUUGGGUUGGGGUGACUGAUGGUUGUGGUGGAAAGGGUUUUGGUACUUGGGUCCGUGGAAGUGGUGGUUGUGACGCAAAGACCCCAGUCCGCGUGUUGAAUAUUGAUUGGCUGGUGAAGAAUCCACACGGUUACCAUCUCCUCAAUCUCUAUUGGGCUGAUUGUAAACUCAUUUUAGUUGUUGACUUCUCCAGUCCACCUCCCAAAAAUCUCUCUUCUGGAGAAUCAAACUCAUCAGACCCUCUAUUUCAUCACCCUUAUCGUUACCGUCAAUGGCGAGUUCUCUCCAAGUCAAAGCAUCUACAACCGUUGUGAAUGAGGAACUGAAAGCUGUGCAUUCUGGUUCUAUGGGAGAGAAUGAUUUGCUUGUUGUUGGUCCCGGGUUUCUAGGUCGCUUGGUUGCUGAUAUAUGGAGGCAGGAACAUCCAGGGUGUCAAAUUUAUGGGUGGACGGUGACGAGAGAUCAUCAUGAUGAAUUGAUUGAGAUGGGGAUUCAUCCAUCUUUGAAAGGGACUGAAGUGACUCAGAAGUUUCCUUAUGUGAUUUUUUGUGCUCCUCCUUACCAAACUUCAGACUACCCGGGUGAUGUCAGGCUUGCUGCAUUGAGUUGGAGUGGUGAAGGCUCUUUCUUGUUUACAUCAAGUUCUGCACCAUAUGAUUGCUUUAACAAUGAAUCAUGUGAUGAGGACAGUCCAGUGGUGCCAAUAGGAAGGAGCCCUAGGACAGAUGUUCUUCUAAAAGCAGAGAAUGUGGUGCUAGAAUUUGGCGGUUGUGUUGUUAGAUUGGCUGGACUUUAUAAAGCAGAUAGAGGGGCGCAUGUUUAUUGGUUACAGAAAGGGACCGUUGAAUUUCGUCCAGAUCACAUCCUGAAUUUGAUACACUAUGAGGAUGCAGUUUCUCUUUCAGUUGCAAUUUUGAAGAAAAAGCUUUGUGGCCGAAUUUUCUUGGGUUGCGAUAACCAUCCUUUAUCCAGGCAGGAAAUAAUGGACUUGGUUAGUAAAAGUGGGAAAUUCAGUAAAAAGUUUGAGGGCUUUACAGGUACCAAUGAUCCUUUAGGUAAGAGAUUAAACAACUCAAAAACUCAAGGGGAAAUAGGGUGGGAGCCAAAAUACCCCAGCUUUGCUCAAUUCCUUGGAGUGUCUGAGUAACUUUUACAAUGAUCUUCAGUCUCCAGAGUGAAUCCAAUAAAAUUAAGGAUAACAAUACGGAAGAUAUCAAACUAUUAUUUUUUUCUAUUGAAUAGAUUGAAUUUUGAUUUUUUCAUUGAAUUAUCGAACCUUUAGAUUUUCCUAUUAAAUGAAUCAAACUUUCAAAUUUUUUUAUUAAAGGGACUAAACUUUCACUAUUUCUUAUUGAAGUUUUAGAAUUUAAUCAUUUUGUUUUCAAAACAAAAUGAUAAUUCUAAUUGUGUUUGUUUUGUACCUUCACUAGAAAAUAAUGAAAAUUUGAUCUCUUCAAUAAAAAAAUCUGAAUGUUCAGUCUUUUUAAUAAGAAAUCUUAAAGUUAAAAAAAAAAUAAAGUUCAGAUAGGAGACAAGUGAUAGUUUAGUAUCUCUAAAUGUUGUUAUCUCAAUAAAAUUAUAUUAACCGUGGAUGUGCUCUUUGGAAAAUACUUCUCCCAUGUGGGGACUUGACUUGUAAAUAGGAGUGAGUGAUGCUAAGUUAAGAACAACAUCUUAUUCUUUGUGGGCACACUGGAAUUCUUCUGUGUAUUUUCACUCGACUUAUUAUAUCUGAGCUUUUUGGUAUAAAUUGCUGAACUGCCAUUAGCCCUGGAAAUUUAAUACAUGGGGAUUGAUGUGAA